GAGUUUCCUAAGACGAUAGAAGGAACGAAGAUCUGUGCGAAAUUGUGGUCACGCAAAGGGGCUGGCAUCAUGUGUGUGGUGUUGUGAGGGGUACACAUGUCAUUUCACGAAUCUUCUGAUCGAUUAAGAGGUUCAAUCUCAAAGAUUGUGUUUGUUGAAGGAUAGAAGAGAACAGGACUAGAAGAAGCCAAAUAUCACUCCCACCAACUAUUCUUCUAUUUCCAUUCCAAGCCAUGGCCAUGGAUUCCAUGGCCGCUUCCAUCGGAGUCUCCGUACCGGUGCUCCGCUUCCUCCUUUGCUUCGCCGCCACAGUUCCCCUUAGUUUUAUCUGCCGCUUCCUACCCCGCGGCCUCCCCAAGCACCUUUACUCCGCCGCCGUCGGUGUCGUCCUCUCCUACCUCUCCUUCGGCGUCUCCUCCAACCUCCACUUCCUCGUACCUAUAUUCCUUGGCUAUGCCUCCAUGCUCCUCUUUCGUCCCCGAUGCGGCAUCCUCACUUUCUUCCUCGGAUUUGGUUACCUCAUUGGCUGCCACGUUUAUUACAUGAGCGGCGAUGCAUGGAAGGAAGGUGGCAUCGAUGCCACUGGUGCCUUGAUGGUUUUGACGCUCAAGGUUAUAUCCUGUGCGGUUAAUUACAACGAUGGAUUGUUGAAAGAGGAGGGCUUGCGCGAGGCCCAGAAGAAGUUCCGUUUGGUCAAGUUGCCUUCGCUGCUUGAGUACAUUGGUUACUGUCUCUGCUGUGGCAGUCACUUUGCUGGUCCUGUUUAUGAAAUGAAGGAUUAUCUUGAUUGGGCAGAAGAAAAAGGGAUUUGGAGCCCUGAAGCAAAAGGGCCAUCGCCCUCACCUUAUGGGGCAACCAUCCGGGCUCUCCUCCAAGCUGGGUUUUGUAUGGCCAUGUAUUUAAACCUCGUGCCUCAUUUUCCUCUGUCCAAGUUUACUGAUCCUACCUACCAUGAAUGGUGUUUCUGGAAAAAAUUAAGUUACCAGUAUAUGUCUGGCUUUACUGCACGCUGGAAGUAUUAUUUCAUUUGGUCAAUAUCAGAAGCUUCUAUAAUUAUCUCUGGCCUGGGUUUCAGUGGCUGGACUGAUUCGUCCCCACCAAAACCACGAUGGGACCGGGCCAAAAAUGUAGAUAUAAUAGGUGUUGAGUUUGCAAAGAGUGCAGUUACAAUCCCAGCUGUUUGGAAUAUUCAAGUCAGCACCUGGCUUCGUCACUAUGUUUAUGAGAGGCUUAUUCAGCAUGGGAAGAAACCAGGUUUCUUUCAGCUACUUGCCACCCAGACCGUUAGUGCUGUUUGGCAUGGCCUGUACCCUGGAUACAUAAUAUUCUUUGUUCAAUCUGCAUUAAUGAUUGCUGGUUCCAGAGUCAUUUACAGAUGGCAGCAAGCUGUGCCUCCGACAAUGGCUCUGGCUAAGAAUGUCCUUGUGAUUAUGAAUUUUGCCUAUACGCUUUUGGUUCUAAAUUACUCUUGCGUUGGUUUCAUGGUGUUGAGUCUGAAUGAAACUCUUGCCUCGUAUGGAAGUGUGUAUUACGUUGGGACCAUUAUUCCUGUUGUUACGAUUCUUCUUGGUAAAGUAAUCAAACCUGCAAGGCCUGCUAGAUCCAAAGCUCAGAAGGAACAGUGAGGUAGACAAUGCUGUUUUAUUCUUGUUGGAAUUUUUGAAAUUGGAUUAGGAUAAUGUGGGACAACGGGUUUCCAGCUUCCACAGCUUUUCUGCCCCUGGUUUUCAAUCUCUUGUAACAGCUGCCUUGGUCUUGAAAAAAUGGCUGGGCUCUUUCAUAUUCCUGGCUUUAGCAUUGAGUUGUAUUUCUGUGAUAAGAAAACAUCCUGUUGGCAGGUUUUAUAAAAGCAGUUACUGGCGAGAUUUUAGGAACAUUUGUAUUUCUGUGAUUUCUCUCUACUUUCAGAUCUCGUGACAAUUACUGCAAGAGGCUAUAUUUUUCAAAAUCUUAACUGUAGACAAAUAUGCAGAUACUCUGAAGUGUGGUAGCCAACUGUGCUAUUUAGUUUUC